ACAUUUACUGCGAACCUUCAAGAUGUCAGCCCCCAGACUAUUUCUCUUGUUAUGAAAUACAUUGAGAGGUGGUAUUUCCAAAAGGGAAGCCACCUGAAAGCGUUGGAACGUUAUUUUCUAGUUAGACACAUGUGGUGGAUAUUACUGAAAAAUGCCAAGAAAAGUAGCGUUCAGUGUUAAGCAGAAGAAAAAACAACUGCAGGAACGACGACAGAGGAAACAAGCCAGAUCAAAUGCAGACAGUGACACUGACUCCGACAAUGGUGAUGUGCAUGGGGGAAGUGUGUCUGAAGGAACAGCAGAAUCAGCCAUUUCUGUCAACAAGAUUAACCAACAACCUUCAAAUGUACCAGAUCGACGACUCGAUCCUAACAGAUUCCGCCUCCAUUUCUUCAAAAUGAGUGACAAGGAACUUGAAAAGAAGAGAGAAGAAUGUGGAAAACUUAUAACAAUUCUACCAGAGGAUGCCCUGGAGACAGACAUAGAUGACAUCUACAAGCCAGGCACUGUCUUGGACCUACCAAAGAGACCUGCAUGGACAAGUGCUACAUCUAAAGACGCUCUAGAGAAGAGUGAGGACGAAUAUUUCCAGAGUUACCUUGACAACAUAUUUGCUGUGUAUGGCCCCAAGGAGCUGAGCUUCUUCGAAAUGAACCUCGAGACCUGGCGGCAAUUGUGGCGGGUCACGGAGAUGUCGGACAUCAUGCUGCUAGUCACAGACAUCAGGCAUCCAGCCCUUCACUUCUCACCUGCUCUUUACGAUCACGUGACACGGGACCUAAACAAACCCAUGAUCCUCAUCCUCAACAAGGUCGACCUUGCUCCACUUGGUCUGGUUGUGGCAUGGAAGGACUACUUUCAGAAACACUUCCCCAAAUUGCACAUUGUCUUCUUCACAUCAUAUGCUGAGGCCGCGAGCCACCAGGGAAGUCUGCAGCAAAGUAAAUGUCUCAUCAAAGGCCACAAAAAGGGAAGACAAAUUAAGUCAGUUGGAUCAAGGGAACUUCUAGAGGCUUGUGAGAGUCUUGUUGAUGGGACAGCAGUUGACCUUAGCAGUUGGAGGUCAAAGGUUGAAGGUCAGGAGGUUGACAAGGAUGAAGAUGCAGAUGUGGACACAGGUGAGGUGCCAGCAUCACCUGGAAAAACAUCACCUGCAGAUGACAACGGCCAUGUGAGGUUCAGAGAUGGGGUGUUGACAAUAGGCUGUGUAGGAUAUCCCAAUGUUGGCAAGUCAUCUCUCAUCAAUGGCCUGGUUGGGAAAAAGGUUGUGAGUGUGUCAAAGACACCAGGCCACACAAAGCAUUUCCAGACUAUUUUCCUAACACCAACAGUCAAGUUAUGUGACUGCCCUGGACUUGUCUUCCCGUCUCUCAUAGAGAAACCAUUGCAGGUUCUGGCUGGUAUUUUCCCUGUGGCUCAUGUGAGAGACCCGUACUCGUGUAUCGCAUUCCUGGCAUCAAGGAUCGACCUCACUCUCAUCCUCAAGCUCACACAUCCCAAAACAAAUCGGCUGAACGUAAAAGAUCUAAAAUGGACAGCAUAUGACAUAUGCAUAGAGUGGGCAGUGAAGUGUGGCUACAACACUGCCAGAGGGGCACGUCCCGACAUCUACAGAGCAGCCAAUCAUAUUCUCAGGAUGACGGUAGAAGGGCGGCUACGACUUAACUUCACCCCACCAGGCUACACAGAGAGUAAAGAAACUUGGCGGAAUCACCCAGAAGUGACAGUCUUACUGAGGAGGGGUCAGUCUGUCUUGCGUGGAUAUCGGAGAGAAAUUGACACAACAUUAUCCAGUGACACUGAUGAAGAGGAAGUUCUCUCAUCAAGUGCAUCAGCCAAUCAGAGCAUCGAAGAGACGGAUGUCAGCAACCCCUUCUCUAUGCUUUCUGGAGACUGAGGAUGUGGAACGUUUGGAAACUAACAAUUUUUAUCAGUGUACUCGGAUAUUGUCCAAUCUGUGAUAAAACUACGCUGGUGUUGGUUCAUUUUAACAUUUCAGCAAUACAGGAUCAGCUUUAAUAUCUUGCUGUAGAUCCACCCUGAUCAUUAAGAAGAUAUUUUACGGUUUUAUGAAAUGGGUUUGCUUGCAUCAACAGCAGUUUAUCAUCCAAGACGAUGUAGCAGUGGAUGUCAACCAUCCCUGCUUCCAUGUCUCCAUCCCUCCUCUGUUCAAGCUCUAGUGGAAUAAUAAAGAGAUGAAUGUUU